AUGCCACAAGGUCAGCCACAAAUAAAAAGAGAUGAAGCCAGCAAUUACACAACUGUUCCAAAUUACUUUGAGCCCCAAAAGAUUCAAAAGCUUUUAUUACUUGGACUCGAGGGUUCUGGAACAAGCACCAUCUUUAAGCAGGCAAAAUUCUUAUAUGGGAACAGAUUUAGUGAUGAAGAGCUGCAAAAUAUCAAGCUGAUGAUCAAGAGCAACAGAUAG